GGCUGGUUGCUAGGAAACCAGUUGAAUCCAUGUUGCUGAGUCGAAUGGCAGAAUGUGGGGACAUUUUUUAAAAAUAGCGACAAAAAACCAUAGAAAUUUCAUUAAACUUACCCGUCUGAGUAACAAAAUAGGAUAAUACUGAUAGCUUUAUCCACCGCAAUGGUGAAACUGAGGGCGAAAUGCUUGCUUGUCGGUGAUGCUGCUGUGGGGAAAAGCUCUCUCAUCAGCAGUGAUGGAACUCUGAAGAAUUACAGCAUGACAACUGGAGUGGAGCUGGUGAUGAAGUGUAUCAACAUCCCAGAAACCCCUCACAGCGUGGAGCUCUACGUCUUUGACUCUGCAGGGAGGGAAACCCUUGUGGAGGCCUGUGAAAAACUGUGGGGUAACCCGUCGCUGUUUUGCCUCGUUUUUGACUUGACCAAUGAGCAGUCUUUUGUCAACUGCAGCCGUUGGUUGGAAAGAAUCCGCGCACACUGCAGAGGCCUCCAUGUUCCAGGUGUCCUGUUAGGCAACAAGUCAGAUCUGUCCGAUAGGAGGGAAGUACAGGCAUCUGUUGCCAAGGAUUGGGCCCAGAGCCAGGGCCUGGAGUACCAUGAGACAUCAGCUAAAGAAAUGGACAGCUGUGACGCACCACUCCUCAGUUUAGCUGGAGCCUACUACUCCCUCUACCAGGAGCGCUGUGAAGCAACCCAAAACCUGACGUGGGGAUGAACGUUUUUCCAGUCAGACGCAAACACAACAUUGGAUUUUUUUAAAUGUUUGUUAGAAUGAAUGAAGUACAAGAAUCUACAAUGCAAUGAAAAACAUAAUAUUUUAAUAUAAAAACAAUAAACUUCUGAUAACAGGCACUCAA